AUUCCUCGAGAGAGCCUUCAGGGGCCCUCGAUCAAAAUUUUGUCGACCGCUCGUUAACAGGGUCAAGAUCCUCGCUGAAAGAAGUCCCGGGGCUCAAGAAUUUACUACAGCCAGAGUAAGCUGACUGAGGCAGACAAAGAGGAAGACACGAACUGAGGAGAGGAUGCGUCAAAGAAGAGAAGGGAUGAGGCUUGAAAUGUGCGGACUUUAACUUCGUGUGCUUUUGGCCUGCACAGUCAGUGCGCGCGGAACGCAACGCCCAAAAGCUCGUGACAAGCGGGAGUUAAUAGACGAAUUAACGUUAAAUGAGCAAGAUGUUAAGUAUCCUCGCCUGAAGAAAAGAGAAAAAAACAAAAGACGAGGCAAAAUAGAAUACACUUUAGCUUCUAUUUUUGACGUGUCGCACGACGACGGACGACAUCGAUAACACCUUCAAUUCGGCUUUUAUGUAUUAAAAGACAAUGGCCACCAGAUCAGAAGAUCCAUACCCGGAGAUUACUGAGUCCGGAGGAAAGGAAAGAGAUAGGGGGAAAACCAUCGGAUUCGGCAAAUUACUCCUAAAGUUCCUAGCUAUUUAUUGGCGAUCCUUCAUCGUGAUAAUAUGGCCAUUAAUUCUGAUCCCGAUACUGACGCUCGAGAGUGAAAAGCCCCUCGCGAUGAAAUGUUUAUACGUCGUCGCGUUGAUGGCAAUGUUCUGGGUGACCGAGGUUCUACCAUUGCCCGUCACAGGCAUGAUCCCGGUGGUCCUGUACCCGCUGAUGGGCAUCAUGUCCACCAAUGAGACCUGCCUGUGCUAUAUGAACGAUACCACAAUGAUGUUUCUGGGCAGUUUGGUGAUCGCGGUGGUAAUCGAGAACUCCGGCUUGCAUAUGCGAAUGGCGUUAUUCAUCAUCAAGACCAUCGGUUGUAGUCAUCGAAGAUUAACGUUGGGCCUCUUCUUCGUAACAAUGUUUAUCUCGAUGUGGAUCUCGAACACCGCCGCCACAGCUAUGAUGAUACCCAUAAUGGAAACAGUUCUAAUAGAACUAGAAGCGCAAGGACUCGGGAACAUGUUUGUCCAAAGAGAGGAAGUGGCCGAGGAGGAAAGCGCGGAAACGAGUAAAAGGCCGACGCACAGCACCAUGGUAUAUUAUCUUGUCGCGGCCUAUGCGUCCAGUCUAGGUGGCAUCGGUACCAUUGUUGGCAGCGGUACCAAUUUAACGUUGAAAGGCUUUCUGGAGAAACGCUUUCCCGAUAGUCCCGGCAUAAAUUUCGCCUCCUGGAUGUUGUACUCAGUGCCGCCCAUGUUGCUAAUGAGCUUCGUUACGUGGUUGUGGCUGCAGGUGAUGUACAUGGGUCUCUUCAAACCGAAGAGCAAGGACGCUCGUGCCAUAGACAUUGGUCAGCAGGGCGAGCGUGUCGCGGCGGCGGUCAUUGAGAAGAAAUAUAAGGAACUCGGACCGAUCACAUGGCACGAAUCCUCGGUGGGUGUUCUAUUUAUCCUCGUAGUGCUCCUGUGGUUCUUCAGGAAUCCCGGAUUCAUGCCGGGCUGGGCUGCUUAUAUCACAAAUUUAUCGGUCAAGGAUUCAACCGCGGCCAUAUGCGUGACGAUAUUGUUCUUCAUCAUUCCGUCGAAACUUGACUUUCUGCACGCGUUCAACAAAAAUCUACACAAACGGCCCACGAAACCGUCACCCGGCUUAAUAACAUGGAAGAUGAUUAACCAGAAGAUGCACUGGAGUUUGAUAUUCGUGCUGGGCGGCGGAUUCGCCAUCUCCGCUGGUAGUACUACAUCGGGUUUAUCAGCCAUGCUCGGUCAGUCCUUGAUCGGUCUGCAAAAGAUCAACGUGGUGGCGAUAUUGCUGAUCGUCUGCUUCUUCGCUGAGAACGUGACGGAAUUAACGGCUAACGUGGCCGUCGCGAAUAUUAUACUGCCAGUCUUAGCGGAAAUGUGUGUGGCUAUUAAAAUACAUCCUUUGUAUUUGAUGCUGCCGGCGGCUAUCUGCUGCUCGUUCUCGUUUCAUUUACCGGUAGGUACCCCGCCGAAUGCAAUUGCCAGCGCGGCGGGUCAUAUAAAGACAAGGGACUUUAUGAUCGCCGGUAUCGGGCCCAGCAUCGUCACGCUCGUCGUCACCGUGGGGGCGUUCUCCACAUGGGGUACAUACGUAUUCAAUCUGUCCGAGUUCCCCGAGUGGGCGACAUAGCGGUACUCGUCAGUAUAGUCCUUCGAUAUUUAUUUGCGCUUCGUGCUCCACCGAACGCGCGUGUUCCACAAUGACAAGAGUACUACUCGUACAUAAUAACGCCGAAUAUUCUCAUCUCAUCGAAAAAAUUCGGUCUCUCUAUAAUAGAUAUUUUCUUACAAAUUCCAAAGAUAUCUGACGCCUUAAGGGAUAAGUUCGCACAAUCGCGAAUCUCAACUUCCUCAAUGGCAAGAAUAGACUGGAUGGUACUAUGUAUGUAUCGUAAAAGCGAAAAUUGUCAAAUAUGAUAAGAAAGUAACAAUAUGAUACAUCCUCAGAAUAAUUUCGCAUGUGGGAUGAUAUUAUUUUUGUAUGAAAUGUAUAAUAGUAUACAAAAAUCCUCAAAUAAGGAAUCCACUCUUACAUAUGUCUUAGCGACCAAAAAAUCACUGACAAUACUAAUUUUUAGCCAAUCAAAAAACACAUAAACGUAUUUAUUUAUAUAUAUCAAGUAUGUUCACAAUAUACAUAUUUGGAGUCGGAAA